AUGGGUGGCAAGAAGCUCUUCUUCAGAGAUAGACAGAAAAAAAAGCUACAAGAAAGCUCAGAUGAUGGAGAAGAAGUUGAAGAGAAUAGGGAUCAUAAUGCUGGGACUGAUGGGGAAGAAUUGGGGUUAGUUUUGCUGAAUGAUGAGGCUGUGAGAGAAGGGAGGAAAUUGUUGGAAGCAUUGAAAGAGGUUGAGGUCCAAUUCCUUAGGGCCUAUAAUUCCAGUUUGGAUGUUUCCAGGAUUCUAGGCACCAACAUGGAUCAAAAGCAAUCUGCCUUGGAGGAAACUGAAGAGAACUCAAGUAAACUCAAAAAAAGCCACUCCAUCUCAUCUAUAUUAUCUUCGUCUUCCUCCCGAAAAAGCCUCCUUAGAUCUAGCACCAGAAGUUCUUCAACAAUCAGCCCUUUGAAUGGUGGUCUCUUUGAUGACAAUGGAGCAAUGGGAUCCAAGUGCCAUUCGUUAACACUAGGGACGCUAUAUGCUUCGGAGCAAAAACUCUAUGAGGAGGUGAAGGAUGGACAGGAAACCAGGAGAUUAUAUGAUCGAAAAUGCUCCCAAUAUUCGAGAAACCAAGGACGUGGCCAAAAGACUCAACGCAAAAUUGGAGUUGAAGUAGAGGAAUUGCAGUCCAGAGUUUUGGUUGCCAAACGAAAUGCGGAAUCAAUAUUUAAAGAAAUUCGAAAACUGAGAGAUGAGGAGCUGCAACCACAACUUAUUGAGUUGUUACAAGGGCUGAUGAAAAAUUGGAAGAUCAUGUCAGAAACUCAUGAAACCCAACACGGAAUCAUGUCCGAAGUGAAAUGGCUCAAGUGUUCAUCUUAUGGAAAGUCACAACAGCGUGCAACUCAAAAGCUUCAAGUAAAACUUCAAAAAUGGCGUGCUUGCUUUGCUCAAUAUGUUUGUUCACAGAAAGCAUACAUUGAGGCUCUUGAUGGUUGGAUGAUUAAGUUUGAUGCUCCUGAAACCGAAGCCUACUCAGAGAAUUGGUCUUCGCUUCGACCGUGUAGAGUAAGCGUCCUACCAACAACAGAAAUAUGUCAUAAUUGGUUAGACGGCAUAGAUAAGCUGCCAUAUAAAACAGUGGCUGGUGCCAUGGAAAGCUUUGGCGAGCAUGUCCAAGCUUUGAUGGUUCAACAAGGUAAGGAGCAUCAACAAAAGAGGAAGGUUGAUGGGCUUGCUGAAAAACUUCGUAUGCAGGCUUCGAAACUUGAACUAGAUAAACAGAUGAGUGAGUUAAAGUUAUUUCGUGUGCAAGAAGAUAAACCGCAUGAGCAAAAGCAGAUGAAGCCCUUGAAAAAGAAGGAGAACGACUUGGAUAGCUUAGAGAACGAGCUAAAGCAAGAGAAGGCGAAACAUCAUACCGCCAUGAAGGAGACACAUGAUAUGUAUGUGAAUGGAUUUCAAAGUGGGUUUUCGUCAGUUUUUAAAUCCUUGGCCGAUUUUUCCAAGACUUCCAUGAAAAUUUAUGAUGAGCUUUUAGAAUAG